AUGAUCACUCAGAUGUACCAUAACGAGAAAGAGACCGGAAAAGCCAUCUCGGACUUUCUCUCAAGUGAUGCAAACACAGACUCUCUCAAACGCGAAGACAUCCACUUUACUUCCAAGUUGGCAUCCAACUCCGCAUACGAGACGGCCCGCAAAGCUAUUAAGAGAUCAGUCAAGGAAGCAGGUCUUGGCUACAUCGACCUGUUCCUGCUACAUUCUCCAUAUGGAGGCAAGCAAGCGCGUCUUGAUAGCUGGCGAGCGGUGGAGGACGCAAUUCACGACGGCGAAGUCAAGACUGGAGGCGUCUCCAAUUAUGGAGUCAAACAUCUGCAAGAAUUAUUGGACUCGAAUCCUACGAUACCUCCAGCGGUUAAUCAGAUCGAGGUUCACCCGUUCAACACACGGAAGGAUAUUACUUCCUUUUGCCAACAGCAUAACAUUGUUGUAGAGGCAUACGCGCCCCUCGUCCGAGCCUUGCGGAUGAAGCACCCCAAAAUUGUAUCCCUGUCCAAGAAAUACAAUUGCACUCCGGGCCAACUGUUGGUCCGCUGGAGCCUGCAGCACGGCUAUGUGCCGCUGCCUAAGAGUGUGAAGAAGGAGCGAAUCAUCGAGAACUCGGAGGUUGGAGGCUUCGAAAUCGAGGAUGGCGAUAUGGAGACGAUGGACGGAUUGGACGAGUAUCUCGUGACCGAUUGGGAUCCUACCGAUUGCGAUUGA